ACAACGCAAAAAUUAUGAGAUCGUUUAUACUGUGCGUUUCUCUUAACAAAAACCUUUCAUUAAGUGUUAUUUUGAAUUGCAAUUAUUAAUAAUAUUGCGCAAUUGUCGUAUAUUCGUACGUUAAGAGUUGUGCCUCAGGACGGUGAUUAUAUUGAUUAAACCUGUAUGUCUAUAUUAUGUGUCGUACGCGUGCAAAGUGAUAAGAUAAACGUUGCCAUUCAAAAAUAAAUAUAAAGCAUAAGUUGCUGUUUAGCUGUAAUACGACUUACUCUCACGAUGGACUCUAUAUCGUUUAUUUCUGCAAGACCGGAAGAAUCGGAAGCAAUUCGAAAAUUUGUGCUGGAUUACUUUUAUGCUUACGAGCCUACAAAUUUGGCGUAUAUCUACGGUAAAGAACCAGCUGCCGAAGAUGUGGAAUUCUCCAUUAAAUUUCUAAACCAUGGACUAGGUGUUGCUGCUGUCAACCGUCAAGGAACCAUUGUCGGAAUAUCGCUGGGCUACAUUGGAGCGGUAGACGAUGCUGCGGCAAUGCGUGAUGCGGCGAAUCGAUCGAAGGACGAAAAGUUUUGUGACAUAAUGAGAUUUUUGUCGGUAGUUCAGGAUGGUGCAGAUAUUAAGGGAAAAUUUGGAGUGACUAAGAUAUACGAGAUUCAAAUGUUGGCAGUACAUCCGGAUUAUCGGGGUCGUGCAAUUGGCUCUGCGCUAACUAAAAAACAGAUCGAAAUUGCCAAAGAGCGUGGAUUCGAAGCAGUGUAUGCGGACUGUUCUAGUGUUUAUUCGGCUAAAAUCAUGGAAAGACUUGGCUUUGAAUGUGUUCACGAGAUUGCAUUCGCUGACUACCGCAAUCAUCGAAGCGUGCAGAUUUUCAAACCAGUCGACGAAAUUCAUACGGAUCACGCUCCCAGCUGAUGCCUGCUGAUGUUUGCGUGUCGUCGAUUACGCUGCUUGAUGAUGGCAUACGGGGUAGAAAGGCUUGUUCUCAGGUUACAGAUAAAAGUUGAUGAGAUUAUACUGCAAUAAAUGACAGCAAAAGAAAAAACAAAAACUAAUUUGUCGAUAAUGCAUGACGCAUGAGUAAAAAGCGGGCAGCAUGCGAACAGAUAUAAAAGGGCUCGACUUUGCGCAUUAGUACCGUGUCGCUCGCGGAUGG